AUGCCGUCCCUUCAAGAGAGCAAAUUGGCCUUCAUUGGCGGUGGCAACAUGGCCUCCGCCAUCAUUGGUGGUCUGCUGAGCAAAGGCGUGAACAAGCAGAACAUCUGUGUCUCCGAGCCGUGGGAUGUCAACCGCGAGAAGAUGGCCGCCCUCGGAGUGCGCACCACCACUUCCAAUGUCGAGGCUGGAGGUGAUGCCGAUUUGGUCAUCAUUGCCGUCAAGCCCCAAGUUACCAAGGGUGUGUGUGAGGAGCUCGGCGGUGCUUGGUCACCCCGCGCCACUUUGCCCGUGGUCGUCAGCAUUGCUGCGGGCAUUACCCUUGAUAGCUUGAAGGAAUGGUUGACGACGAGCGAUAGCCGUACAGCUCAUAUUGUUCGCGUGAUGCCCAACACCCCUGCCCUUGUUGGUGAGGGUGCGUCGGGUGCUUUCGCCAGCGCGAGUGUCACAUCGGAUGAGAAAGAGCUUGUCAAUGCUAUGCUCGGAAGCGUAAGCAAGGCCACCGAGUGGGUGGACCGCGAGGAACUUCUUGAUGUCGUCACAGGUCUGUCUGGAUCUGGACCUGCCUACUUCUUUGCCAUGGUUGAGCACCUGGUUGCAAGUGCAACCGCUCUGGGCCUCCCCGAAGAGCAAGCCACUCGAUUGGCUACACAGACAUGUCUUGGUGCUGGCAAGAUGUUGACUGAGAGCCCCGACAGCCCUGCCCAGCUGCGUAAGAAUGUGACUAGUCCCAACGGCACCACAUACGCUGCCCUCAUGACAUUCGAAUCCCUCAACUUUAAAGAGAUCGUCGACAAGUCUGUCCAGGCUGCCACUGCCCGGUCUGCUGAGCUCGGAAAUCCCGGCGAUGACAACUCUGCGGCCUCUUUCGAGAAGACCCUAUCCACGCUCUCGACUAAGAUUGCCCAGGCCACAGCGCGACUCGAUCAACAACGUCAGUCUUCCCGGCGCAUCAAGGCUCUCUGGACCCUCUACUCGACAUUUGCAUACCUAUUCUACUCAAUAAUCCUCGCCCUUAUACUGGGAUGGGAGAGCUGGGGAGUCAAGGAAUAUGCAGCCAUAGCAGGCGGGCCGGUCCUGAUUUACGGCGUACGCAACCUGAGCUCCAAAAUAUUCGAUUACCGAAUUUCUCGUAUUCAACGCCGCCUCGAUGACCUCCAGAAACAGCGCGAGGAGACAAUCGAAAAGCUCAAGGUCGCAACCAAGUAUAACUCCACUCAGCAACUGCUAGAGAAGUACGGCGGCGAAUCCCCAAAACCAUCACCGGGUCCAAAGGGACAGGAUGACAAACAUCCGGCUGCUCAGCAGCAACAGCAUGUGGCCCGCACUGGUCUCCAGCCACCGCCCACUGCCAACAUCCGCCGUCCUCCCUCUGCACCGCAAACCCCGAACGACCCGCCAUUCCCCAGUCCCCCUUCUCCUCCUCUCGAGCUAUCGCAGAUCCCGCAAACCCCACAGCAGCCUGCUUUCCCAUCCCCUUUCCCUCCCCAAACACCCACCGAUCAACCCGGCUUUGCACCGAACGCAUUCACUCAAAACGGUGAAUACAUUGAACAACCACACUGGUACGACCGCCUUUUGGACGUUCUGCUGGGAGAAGAUGAAACACAACCCCGCAACCGGAUGGUAAUGAUCUGCACCGCGUGCCGACUCGUGAACGGCCAGGCACCCCCUGGGAUCAAGACACCAGAGGAGCUCGGCCGCUGGCGAUGCGGCAGCUGUGGAGCUUGGAACGGCGUAGAAAGCGAGACAACGAAGAUCCUCAGCAGUCUGCGUCAAGAUGCUGUGCCAGCUGAGGGUACUUCGGAGCCUGUGUUGAACGCAGAGACGGAUACCCCGUCCUCCGAGGGCAUUGAAGAGGGCGUCACUAUGGCCUCAAAUGAGGAGGAACAAGUGGACUCCAUUGGCUCCGAUGCGGAGGAGCGAACAGAAGAGGAGCCUCAGCCUGUCCCUGUGCGGCGGUCCAAGCGCGGCGCUAAGGGAGACAAGGCACAGCAGUAG